AUGUUAUAUUCAGACCGGCCGAUAAUAUUUCAUUUUCAGAAGGUUAAUAAUUUUGAAAGAAAAACCAGUAAUGGAGCAGCAUAUGUUUUGGCAAAUAGUUGUGAGAAAAAUGUUAUGGGGAAUGUUCAAUCAAUGGUUGCUUGCGGCCUUACGUGCUUUUCUUGGGAUUGUAGGAGUUUAGGGUUUCUCAGUUUCUCAAACACUCGAACUCAAACGCCGCUCACCUCCUUCAUCUUUUCUCUGUCUCUCUCACUCUCACCCCCUCUAGGCUCUGGCUCUCUCGUGUUGCUCAAUCUCUCAGGACGACAUAUCAGAUUACCAAUCCACCGCAAGAUUCAAGGUAUGCAAGAAUUAGUUUCGGAGCAGCCAACUAUUAUAAUUGACGAAGCAGUUGAAGAAGGCUCGGAUAUCACGGAUUUCACAAUGGACGACAUAUUUGAAUGAGUUUUGUUGAUUCAAUGACUUCAUGUCUUUUUGUAAACUUAUAUUCUGAUGUUUUUUAAACUUAUUAAGAUGUUAGUAAACUUAUUACGGAACUUUUGGGAUGUUUGUAAACUUAUUAAUUACCCCCCUCUCCCUUUAGGUGUGUUGUGUGCAGCUUCUGGUCUGGCAUUAAGCUUCUAAGUUUUGUGAAACUAUGGAUAUGGCCAAUGGGGAAAUUAUGCUACUGUUUUGAAUUA